GUUUCAGACGAAAGAAUCACCUGACGGAACAGGAGAAACGAUUCAUACCUGUCAAUUCCUCCUCUCACGGUUUGGAGUAACUUCUAUUUUGAAUAAGAAAUGGGAGCCUGUAUGGCGCUAUGCUCAAUUGCGAGCUGUGCCUCGUGUUUGUGUGGCUCAGCUCCAUGUCUCCUAUGUGGCUGUUGUCCUUCUACCAACAACUCCACUGUCACACGGCUGGUCUUCUCCUUCCUCCUCCUGCUGGGUACACUGGUAUCUGUAAUAAUGAUCUUGCCUGGCAUGGAAACACAGCUCCGCAAGAUUCCAGGCUUUUGUCAAGGGGGAACCUCAAUACCAGGGAUUGAAAACCAUGUGAACUGUGAUGUGAUUGUUGGAUACAAAUCAGUCUACCGCAUGUGCUUUGCUAUGGCUUGCUUCUUUUUUCUGUUCACCGCUGUUAUGAUCCGUGUACGGAGCAGCAAAGACCCCCGCGCCGCCAUUCAGAACGGGUUCUGGUUCUUCAAGAUUCUUAUCCUAGUUGGUAUCGCUGUCGGAGCCUUUUUCAUCCCAGAUGGAACAUUUAAUGAUGUAUGGUUCUACUUUGGUAUUGUGGGCUCCUUCCUAUUUAUCCUUAUCCAGCUCAUCCUACUGAUCGACUUUGCUCACUCCUGGAAUGAGCUGUGGGUGAGGAAUGCUGAGGAGGGCAACAGCAAGUGUUGGUUCUCGGGUCUGUUGUUCUUCACUAUACUACAUUACGCCCUGGCCUUUGCUGCGAUUGUGCUGUUUUAUCUAUACUACACAAAGCCUGACAACUGCGCCGAACACAAGUUCUUCAUCAGUUUCAACCUUAUUCUCUGUGUCAUCGUAUCCGUUGUUUCCAUUCUGCCCAAAGUGCAGGAGGCUUCACCGCAGUCUGGUCUGCUUCAGUCUUCUCUGAUCACUUUAUACACUAUGUACGUCACGUGGUCUGCCAUGACCAACAAUCCAAACCGGGAGUGUAACCCGAGUCUUCUCAGCCUGGUGUCCAAUAUCAGCACAGCGCCGGCCUUGCCCACCAGCUCCCCUGGGAUGGUCCAAUGGUGGGAUGCUCAAGGCAUUGUGGGAUUGAUCAUCUUCCUCUUUUGCACUUUUUAUGCAAGUAUCCGUUCAUCCAGUAAUGCUCAGGUGAACAGGCUGAUGCAGACAGAGGAGGGGAAGGGCUCUGAGGGAGGGGUGGAGGUGGGUGAGGAUGGCCUUCGGCGUGUCGUGGAUAAUGAAGAGGACAGCGUCACAUACAGCUACUCUUUUUUCCACUUCCACCUCUUCCUGGCCUCUCUCUAUAUCAUGAUGACUCUCACUAACUGGUACAAGCCUAACACCACCACUCAGGCCAUGCAGAGCACUAUGCCUGCGGUGUGGGUGAAGAUCUGCUCCAGCUGGCUGAGUCUCACCCUCUACCUGUGGACGCUUGUGGGUCCUCUUAUUUUCCCCAACCGUGACUUCAACUGAGCUUGAAUGGGUGAGACUGUCUCACCCUUUAAAAGCUAUGUAUGUCUGUAUGUGUGUUUUAGAAAUAUAACACUUAACAUCUAUUUUUCCACUAUUAACUAUUAAAUUCAUCAGCACAAGUGCUACAGUUUUAAAUUAAUCUGACAUAGACCUGGUCAUAUCACUGUUUAUAGGGCUGUAAGGGAGUUUAAAAUAGUGUGCAUGAUGACAUGACAAGUAUUUUAAAAAGAAUUCACUGAAGUCUUACUGUUUCAGUGCAUUAAUAAACAUGAUACGUGAGGAUUACUACAGUGCAAAAAGUUGCUAUUCACAAUUAAUGCGAAGGGACAAUUCACCCAAAAAUAUAUAAUCUAUUAUCAUUUACCCUGAUUUUGUUCCAAACCCGUUGACUGACUUUCUUCUGUGGAACACAGGAAAUGUUGCAGAAUGCAACAUUUGUUCCACGGAAUAAAGAAAGCCAUUCAGGUUUGGAACAACAUGAGGGUGAAUAAGUGAUGACUAAAAAAAAUAUGUGGUGAUCUAUCCCUUUAAGGGUUUGCUUUAAUUUCAAAAUCAGUAUGGCUAUAAAUCUGUUUUUAUGAAGUCAAUACUGCUAGUGUAUACAGUAUAUUAUUAGAUUAAGGUAACCACUUCUUGUACAUGUAUGUUUAAGAGGUGUAAGCUACUCAAACCUGAGACCACACAAUUCAAAUGCAACAGGUACACUCAAUAACUGUCCUACAGACCAUCAACUUUGUGGUCCUAGCCACAAAUAAAAACAUGCAUGUUACUGCUGCUAGAAACCUACUCUACCUGAAGGGGAAAUACUUUUUACAGUGAUAACAUUUUAACAUCAGGGUAUUAUUAAAUAUACUGUACAAUACAUAAUCUAUUAUCAAUGUACAGUAUAAUUCUAUGACAUUUCACUAUGAUUAAGCACUUUGUUCUUGAGCAAUGUCAACGGGGUCCCCAACAGGGGAGGUUCGGCUGUGGGUAGCCUGUGUGAAGUGGGGGGCUUAAACAGGGGGCUUUUUUCACUCCAGACCCUCUGUGGAACCCCAUAGAACUUGUGUGUCCAGGAGAUAAGCAGAGUCAGACACACCCUUCCCUAGUACAGUACACUACACUACACAGCACCUUGAGAUUUCACACUCUGGCUUGGCUCUCCCACCCUGCUGUUCCCUCUUUCAUGAAAACAGACUGUGCUGUAAUAUUUAUCACUGAUCCAAAUGAAUAGACAUUGUGGUGCUGCCCAUCCAUCAGAGCCACAUCUUAAAGGAAUAUUCCAGGUUCAAUACACUUUAAGCUUAAUCAACAACAUUUGUGGCAUAAUGUUGAUUACCGCAAUAAUUAAUAUUGACUCUCUCUUAAAAAAAGAAAAGAAAAGAAGAAAUCUGGGUUACACAAAAGCACUCACAAUGGAAAUAAAUGGGUCCAAUCUGUAAACGUUUUAAAAGUAUAGCCACAAGAUCUAAACAAUAUGUGUGUUAACAUGAUUUUAGUUUGACAAAGUCACUCCAUAAUCUUUUCUGUGUGAAGUUAUAUUUAAUUUAUUAUUUUUACAACUUUGUUGCCAUGGCAAUGUAAUGUCAACAAACCCUAAAAUGACAAUCAUAAAAAUCAUGAUUUACAGAUCAAAUAAUACAUGAGUUUUAACAGAAUAAUACAUGUAAGUGCUUUUAAUAAAAAUGAUAAGCUUCACAUUUCUGCCUUUAAACUCUCAAAUAAUUGUCCCCAUUCACAUCCAUUGUAAUUGCCUCACUGUAACCCAGAUUUGUGCAUUUCUUAAAGAAUUCUGCAACAAAUGCUGUCAGUUGACCUUAACUUGUAUUGAACACAGAUUAUUCAGACCGAACAAAAUGGUAAUCAAGUGUGCAAAAUUGUUCCUUAAAAUAAUACUUGUAUAUAAAUUUACAUUUCAGGGCUGGCUAGUAGAUUGAUGUUCUUAAUGGGUAGACAUUUGUGAGUAUGUGAAUGAUUGUUCAUGCUUCCAUUGUCUAUAACAUCUUUUCUGUAAAUUAUUUUAUAAAUUUUUUUUAUUAAAAUUUUUUUCUAGUAAGCACAUGCUGGAGUAAAUGUUUUUUUUUUUUUUUUUUUUUACACAUUAACUUCCUGUUGCUGAAACCUUGAUUAUGAAAAUAUGAAUUUGGCAAAUUUCAUGACAAGUAUUGUAUUGUAGAUUUACAUCUGCCUUAAGUAAUUUGGUAUUGUGAAAACUUGCCUGUUUGAAGCUAUGCUUAUGGCAUUGGAAGAAACUGAUGGUGAAGUGUGUGUGUGUGUGUGUGUGUGUGUGUGUGUGUGUUUUGCACACACAAAGUGGCAUGCAAAAUUUUAGGACCCCUGGUCAAAUGUUUUGUUACUGUGAAUAGUUAUAGAUUUUAGCUCUCUGAUAACUUUUACCAAGGUCUCAGACCUUAAUUAGCUUGCUAUGGCCUGUUCACAAUCAUCGUUUGGAAAGUCAAGGUGAUGCAAAUUUUAUAGCUUUAUAAAUACUCAGACUCCUGAAACCUUGUCCCAACUAUCAGCAGCCAUGGGCUCCUUUAAGCAGCUUCCUAGCACUCUAAAAAUUAAAAUAAUUGAUGCUCGCUAAGCAGCAUAAGGCUAUAAGAAGAUGGCAAAGUGUUUUCAUGUAGCUGUUUCCGCAGUUCGUAAUGUAAUUAAGAAAUGGCAGUUAACAGGAAUGGUGGAGGUCAAAUUGAGGUAUGGAAGAUCAAGAGAACUGCUCAUAGGAUUGCUAGAAAGGCAAAUCAAAACCCCUGUUUAACUGCAAUAGACCUUAAGGAAUAUUUAGCAGACUCUGGAGUAGUGGUGCAUUGUUCUACUGUGCUGCGGCACAUGCACAAAUAUGACCUUCAUGGAAGUCCUGAGAAGAAAACCUUUCCUGCAUCCUCACCACUAAAUUCAGUGUCAGAAGUUUGCAAAUGAACAUCUAAACAAGCCUGAUGCAUUUUGAAAACAAGUCCUUUGGAAUGAUUCAGUUAAAAUAUAACUUUCUGGCAAAGGUAUAUUUGGAGAAAAAAAGAAUAUCAUGAAAAGAACACCUCUCCCAACUGUUAACCACGGGGUGGAUCGAUCAUGCUUUGGGCUUGUGUUUCAGCUAGCGGCACGGGAAACAUUUCACUGUUAGAGGGAAGAAAGGAUUAAAUCAAAUGCCAGCAAAUUUAAGCAAACAUCACACCAUCUGUAAAAAAAAAAGCUGGAGAUUUAAGAGGAUAGCUUCUACAACAGGAUAAUGAACACACUUCAUAAUCCACAAUGGACUACCUCAAGUGGUGCAAGCUGAAUGUUUUGCCAUGGCCCUCACAGUCCCCUGACCUAAACAUCAUUGAAAAUCUGUGGAUAGAUCUCAAAAGAGCAGUGCAUGCAAGAUGGCCCAAUAAUCUCACAAGAGCUUGAAGCCUUUUGCAAGGAAGAAUGGGUGAAAAUCACCCAAACAAGAAUUGAAAGACUCCUUUUUUUGUUAUUUUGAAACUGUAAAAAAAGUAAUAUUCCUCAAAAUAUUAAAGACAUGUAUCAUAUUUAACUUUAUGCUUUUUGGAAAUCAGCCCAUCUUUAACUCGCUUAGCUAUUCACAGCAACAGAAAUUUUGAUCGGGGUGCCCAAACGUUUGCAUGCCUCUCUCUCGCUCUCUCUCUCUCUCUCUCUCUCUCUCUCUCUCUCUCUCUCUC